UGACUCCAUGGAACUGUUGAAAGAAUGGCUGGGUCACCCCAAGGAACUCUACAAUUUGGUGUGGUUCAAGAUGGGAGGUUACAAGACCGUGAUGCCCAAGAUGGACCAGGACGCGCUGAGUGAAAGUCUCUGCUAUAAAUACCUGAACCAGACUGGGCGAAGCGCUGCCCUAGUAAUCCAGAUGCUCGACAGGGAAGUGCGACAUGCAGUUUGCAUCUUCUACUUGGUUCUCCGGGCACUAGACACAGUGGAGGAUGACAUGACYAUUAGCUUGGAGACCAAGAUUCCCAUUUUACACAAGUUCUAUUCUUACCUGUAUCAGCCUGACUGGAGAUUCAUGGGCAGCAAUGACAAGGACAAGCAAAUACUGGAGGAUUUCCCAACGAUCUCCUUGGAGUUCCGGAAGCUGGAGAAGGUCUAUCAGGAUGUAUUUGCUGACAUUUGCCCCAAAGUGGGUCUUGGAUUGGCCGAGUUCUUGGAGAGAAAGGUGGAAUCUAUGAAAGACUGGGACACAUACUGCUACUAUGGCACCGCCCUGGCAUUCGUUGGCCUCUCCCGAAUCUUCUCUGCAUCUAAACUGGAAGACCCUGUCAUUGGUCAGGACGUGGAGCUCGUGCUUUCCUUGGGGCUUUUCCUGCAGAAAACCAACAUUAUCCGGGAUUACUGUGAAGACCAGCUUGUGGGCAGAGAAUUUUGGCCCGAAGAGGUGUGGAGCAAAUAUGUAAAGAAGUUAUCAGAUCUAUCCAAGCCUGACAACAUCGACAAGGCUGUCCAGUGUAUGAACGAGCUGAUCAUCAAUGCCCUGCAUCACGUCCCCAACAUCUUGACAUUCUUGUCCCGAGUGAAAAACCAGAGUAUAUUCAACUUCUAUGCCAUCGCCCAGGUAAUGGCCAUUGCCACUUUGGCAGUCUGCUACAACAACCCACAAGUCUUCCGAGGGGUUGUGAAGAUCAGGAAGGGGAAAACCAUCACACUGAUGAUGGAUGCCACCAACAUCCAGGCCGUCAAGGCUAUGAUGUAUGAGUAUUUGGAAGAGAUCUACCACAAGAUCCCCAGCAUGGACCCUUCCUCCAUCAGAACCCAACAAAUUGUCAACUCUGUCCACUCCAUGAGCUUGCCUGGGGAGACGUUGGUGUCCUGAACCCAUUUCUCUUCCAUCUACUUGUCCUGUAUGAUGCUUUCAGCAGCUGUGGCCUAGCAGGAGAUGAGCACAGUAUUGAAGGUGGCUGACAAAUGCAUACGCACUGACAACUACUGAGAACAACACAAUGAAUAUCUUUUCAGACCAUUGAAUGAGACAGGCCCCGACACAUAAUAUACACCGUUAGAUCCCAUGAGAUCCCAGGAGACUUACUGUUCAACUCUGCUACCCUUCAAUAGCCAAAAUGGUCCUUAGGAACAUUGCAGAGGAAAAGGAAAUGAAUCCCAUGAAUCCAGUUUGGCGAUUCAAUGAAAGAGAACUUGCUCAUAAAAUUGGAUAAGAGGGAAAUAUAUAACCUAAAUAUUUAGGGGACUUGUUUACACCAUCCAGAAAACCCAAAGCUGCUCAUGACUUUCUUCAUAAUGACCAGAUACUUCUCACCUUUAACAUGGAGUAAAGUGAAUUGAACCAGUUGUACACUCCACUGGGGAACGUUGGGGGAGAUGUCCAUUCAAGGUGGCACCAUCCAGAUGUCCAUCCAGAUGUCCAUACAAAGUGGCACCAUCUAGCCUCCUUUUCCCUAAACUCAUCAUGUAAGGGAAAAUGAGACAUAUUGGUCCCACUAUACUGGAUGACCAAAACUUUGGAGAGAUCCCAAUCAUUGUGGAUGCCCAUCUUGGCUUGCCUUUCUCUCUCCCUAGUCAUCUGGGUGCCUUUGCUGGUGUCAUCCCAAAGUGCAUGUGAUGGUUAAGAGCUGUCCUGGAGCUUCACGGCCAUUCAUCAGCAAUUAUAGCAACAGAAAAGAUAAGGUGAUGGUCCAAUAGGGCUGAACAGUUUCAAGCAGCUUAGCCGUGUAGAAUCUGGUUGUGUAGGUAAGUCCAUGGAGAGUUCAAUGAAUUGAAUAUGGGACGGGGUUAGAAAUGAAUGAUGUGGAGUCUUUGGUUUCUGAAGACCAUUGUGUCAUCUUGAAAUCAACAGAACACAAAAAGAAAGCUUCACUGGCCUCUUUUACCACUUUCUGUGUGGAAUGUGUUUGGUGCCCAGUAAUAGAGUAUGUCAGAUUGUCAUAAUAGUUGAAGGUUGGGCUAUGACUGUGGAGACCAGGGUUCAAAUAUUCAUUCAGCCAUAGAAACCCAUUCGAGAAAACUGCACUCUUUCAUUCUCAGAGGAAAGCCAAGGUAACCCCAUCCCCUCUGAACAAAUCCUGCCAGGAAAACCCUCUGAUAGGUUCACCUAAAGAUUGCCAUUGGUCAGAAAUAUAACUUGAAAGCGUACAACAAUGAAUAUUCCAGGAUCUCAGGGGAGUGUACAAUAAAAUCAAUUUAAGACCAUAACACACAACAGCAAAGAGUAUUCAAAAAGGGUGGUCAUUCCACAGAUAUAUAAACCUAUUUUCUUAGUUUCAACAGACCUCAUUACCUCUGAGGAUGCUUGCCAUAGAUGCAGGCGAAACAUCAGGAGAGAAUGCCUCUAGAACAUGGCCAUAUAGCCCGAAAAAACCUACAACAACCUAGUAUUCAAAUAUGAGGGGUAUUUUUUAAGUAAGGUCCAUUGGAACAUAAGUACACAACGAAAGUUUAUUUCAAAAAAGUAAAUUUAUUUUCAGAAAGUACAUACUUCACUCUAUUUUUCGGUAUAGUUGCCAAGUUUGUUCAAACACUUAUCA